AUUGCAGCAGAGGGCAAAAGUAAAAUUGAAUACACACUCCUAAUUUCUCUUAUUGUAUAUAUAUAAAUAAAUCUCCAAUUCUUCGCCACUCCAAAUAUAUUAUUCAACAUGAAACACAUAUUAGUAAGGUCAACGGUACGAGCUCUGUUUCGCAGUGGCCAGAACUACCACCGCAACGUUCACCGGCAUGGCGGCGGCGCUUUUGGAAGCUUCUACUGGCGGAGGAUGUCUACUCUGCCAGAGAAAAAAGAAGAUCAUCAGUCAGAUUCAGAUGAGAACAACAACAAAAACAGCAACCCCGUCGUUUCCAGUUACUGGGGGAUCACUAGGCCUAAGGUUCAUAGAGAAGAUGGAACUGAGUGGCCAUGGAACUGUUUCAUGCCAUGGGAAAGUUACAACUCAGAUGUGUCAAUAGAUGUGACAAAGCAUCAUGUACCAACCACGUUUGGGGAUAAGUUUGCUUUCAGAUCUGUCAAGUUUCUAAGGGUUCUCUCCGAUUUGUAUUUCAAGGAAAGGUAUGGAUGCCAUGCAAUGAUGCUGGAAACAAUUGCAGCUGUCCCUGGAAUGGUAGGAGGAAUGCUUUUACACCUAAAGUCUCUGCGAAAGUUUCAGCACACUGGUGGUUGGAUCAAAGCAUUACUUGAAGAAGCAGAGAAUGAGAGGAUGCAUUUGAUGACAAUGGUGGAACUUGUCAAACCAAGUUGGCAUGAAAGACUUUUAGUUAUUACUGCACAAGGAGUUUUCUUCAAUGCAUUCUUUGUAUUUUACCUCUUCUCACCAAAAAUAGCACACAGGUUUGUUGGAUAUUUGGAAGAAGAGGCUGUGAUUUCAUACACACAACAUUUAAAUGCAAUUGAGAGUGGUAAAGUUGAGAAUGUAGCUGCUCCUGCUAUUGCAAUUGAUUAUUGGAGACUUCCUAAAGAUGCAACUCUUAAGGAUGUUAUCACUGUUAUUCGUGCUGAUGAGGCUCAUCAUAGAGAUGUUAAUCACUUUGCUUCUGAUAUUCAUCAUCAAGGAAAGGAAUUGAAAGAGGCUCCAGCUCCUGUUGGUUAUCAUUGAGUUAUUGUUUGUCUUUUUUUUUUUUUUUACCAAAUAGUAAUUUAUAGCCUUUGUUGUCUAAACUUUCAAUUUGUGGCUGGUGUUAAAUAAAUAAAAUGUCUUUUUCAGUGUGCAUUCUGUAACCCUGAAAGUUUAUCAAUAUUCAAAUAAGUGAUAAUAUGUUUAAUUCUAAUA